AUUCCUCAACACGACAUCACCUCAAAGCAAGCAUGGGGUGCAUCCCGUCCAGCGAAAACGCGAGCGUGGCCUCUCCAGUUCCGUCAAGGGCGAUAGCGCGGUCAGCAUUCGUCCCCAUCGCCGACAAGUACGAGACAUACGGUACGUUGAACGUUGAUGGCCGCGGCUAACCAUGGAUUUCACAUGUCCAGAGGAACUGCAGCAAUCACUUCGCAAGGCAGGGUUGGAAUCGUCCAACCUCGUCGUCGCCAUCGACUACACAAAGUCCAAUGAGUGGAGUGGCGAAAAGUCAUUUGGAGGCAAGUGUCUUCAUGCUAUCGACCCCAGCGGUGCCACAGUGAACCCGUAUCAGUCUGUCAUUCACAUCAUGGGUCGGACUCUGGAAGCAUUCGACGACGACAAACUCAUCCCAACCCUUGGGUUUGGCGAUGUUCGCACUGGAUCCACCAGCUUUUUCCACCUUGGCGUCAACAGCAAUCCGUGUCAUGGCUUCGACGACGUUCUCGACCGAUACAAGCAACUCACGCCCACUAUCAAGCUCUCUGGACCGACGAACUUUGCCCCCGUGAUCCAAGAGACCAUCCGCAUCGUCCAGCGCACCCGGCAGUACCACAUCCUAGUCAUCGUUGCUGAUGGUCAAGUGAGCAACGAGAAGGAAACACGCGAAGCCAUCGUGGCUGCCUCCAACUAUCCCCUUUCGAUUGUAAUGGUGGGCGUUGGCGACGGGCCGUGGGACAUGAUGGAGGAGUUUGACGACCAACUGCCUGCUCGUCGGUUCGACAACUUUCAAUUCGUCGAGUACAACAAGGUGCUUCGACUGAACCAGAGAAACCCCGAA